AUGAAUCACUCCGAUCCCGACAAAAUAUCAGAAGAUGAUAAGUACGCGGAUGUACCUUUAUACGGCAGAUAUCUUCCUCGUCCCAAUGACUUCAAACCCGAUGCGAAGCAUUUCAACAACACGACGCCAGAGUCACUCGAUUACUGGUCGAUGGUGCUUGCAAAAUGCACGGAACUCAACCGGAUCUAUGAAAGCGAUGAAGGAGGACGUGAUGUCUUUGCUCUUGGAAGCGUAAUCAUCAAGGCUCAAGCCGAGUCACUUGAAGGCGAUAUCAAAGUUCCCCAGGUCUAUUUUGCUUCUAAGAUGAAAGGACGGCCUGUAUUUGUACAGAAGAGGAUUCCCGGCGUCGGUUUAAAAGUCGCCUGGAAAUACCUCUCCCAGUCUCAGAAAGCUUCCUUCAAGGAACAAGCACGGCAAAUGUUACAGAAGCCGCGUACGAUCACUCCACCAAGUGAGAUCAGUGGUCGAUCGUACAUUAUUUCGGAUCCGGAUCCCGUGCAUCAUCGCGGUAUAUAA